AUGGGAAAGAUACCUUGUUUGCUUCUUGUUUUCAUUGUAACUCUUUCACGUUCUGUAGCUCAAAGUCAUGGCAUCAAGAACCAAGGCGAAGCACUUGACAAUCUCUACAAAGCCAAGUUUAGUAGAGAUUCCAGAAUUGAUACAGGUCCUUUCGAGGUACUUGACACGAACCAAUUUGAGGUGAUGAAUAUGCUUUUAGAUGAAUCAGAAGUUCAUCCUCGUCAAAAGGGAUCAAAGGAGAAAGAUAGAAUCAAAAUGUUGCCCGGACAACCCCGUGUCAACUUUUCACAAUACGGUGGUUAUGUUACUGUUAAUGAAUCUGCAGGUUCAGCACUGUAUUAUUAUUUUGUUGAAGCUGAUCAACAUUCAAAGGAGUCGGCAUUGCCUCUUCUUCUUUGGCUAAAUGGAGGCCCAGGUUGUUCAUCACUGGGAUAUGGGGCAAUGGAAGAGCUUGGACCAUUUCGUGUACACAGCAAUGGGAAAACUCUUUACAGAAACAAUUAUUCAUGGAAUAAGGUUGCAAAUGUUUUGUUCUUGGAGUCCCCUGCUGGUGUAGGGUUUUCAUACUCUAAUGCAACAUCGGACUCCACUUACACUAGUGGAGAUAGAGAAACAGCUGCACAAAAUUAUAUGUUCCUUGUAAAUUGGUUGGAAAGAUUUCCCGAAUACAAAGACAGAGAUUUUUACAUAGCCGGAGAGAGCUACGCGGGACACUACGUGCCUCAACUUGCAGAUAAUAUUCUUCAUUAUAAUAAGAAGGCUAAGAGGAGUGUCGUCAACCUCAAAGGAAUCAUGAUUGGAAAUUCUGUGAUCAAUGAUCAUACCGAUAUGCAAGGGAUGUAUGACUUCUUUGGAACACAUGCUAUAACUUCAAAUGAGAACUUCCGUAAAAUUCAACACUACUGUAAUUUCUCAAGUGCCGGUAGUUUAUAUAAAGAGUGCCAAGAAGCCAUGGACAAAGCAGAUACAGAUGUUAGUGUCAUUGACAUUUACAACAUCUAUGGCCCCUCAUGCUUCAACAGUAAUCUCACGUCCAAGCCAAAGAAGACAUCACCGAUGAACUUCGAUCCCUGCAGCGAUUCUUAUGUGCUGGCUUAUCUUAAUAGACCGGAUGUCCAAGAAGCCAUGCAUGCCAAUGUGACCAAACUUGCUUACGAUUGGCAACCAUGCGGUGGUUUUAACUGGGUUGAUAGUGCCUCUACUGUUCUUCCCUUGCUAAAGGAGUUCAUGGCAAAUGGACUUCGAGUAUGGGUAUUCAGCGGUGAUAUAGACGGAAGGGUGCCAGUUACUUCUUCCCAGUAUUCAAUAAACGAGAUGAACCUUACUAUUAAAACUCAAUGGCAUCCUUGGUUCUCCGAUCAAGAGGUUGGUGGGUAUGUACAAGUAUACAAAGGGGACUUGACAUUCGCAACUGUAAGAGGGGCUGGGCAUAUGGUACCAAGCAUCCAGCCUGUGAGAGCACUUUCAUUGAUCAGUCACUUCCUUUCUGGCACACCUCUCCCAUAG